GAGAUGUCAAGAUCUCUGCAAGUCGUGGCUCGAGUCGCGAUAAGACAAUGGCGGGGUAAGUACCUAGGUACCUAAACAGAGCCCCUUCUCUUCAUUUUGUCGCACCUCCUCGGUCCAUCUUCCUUCCCACAAAUCAUCACUUCCCCCCUGUAGGGUAUUUGGAUAAGUCCUCGACUCAACUCACCAUGGAUCGCUUCCCGCGCGACAAUGCUCUGGGCAGCUUCGAAGACUUGCUCCAGCAGCUGGAGGAGCUCGAUGAUGACUCUCCCCGCGAGCCCUUCGGAGGCAUGGCUUUCAAGGCUUCACCCGAACAGUAUCUUGAGCUUCUAGAGAUGGAAACCCGCAGAGAUCCAGGCCCGUCCGACUACAGCUGCGGCGUAGUUUACUACAAACAGAAAACGAGUUUCAUCCACCGCCAUCUUUCCGUCGCCUUGACGAACAUGAUUGCGGGACAGAUCCGUCAGAAAUGGACCCGGCGCAGGGCCCUCCUGCUGCUCUUUGGUUCAUGUUACUGCGCCAGGGCCGAGGUUAGAGACGAUGAAGAGUCUCCUACAGUUUAUAUGGCCCCCGAUGUGGCCGUUCUUUUCAGGAUGUUUAGAGAACCGGGGGACCGUUGCCCGCCCUUGGUUGUCGAAAUUGCGUAUGCUCAUCGCUUCACGAGAGACCAGUUGGAGGCACGGUACAAGGAGUACUUCAAAGAGGGUCGCAUCCAGGUAGUCCUUUGCCUCGACGUGUUUUACGCCCGUGGUCCGGAUCGUGCUAGCAAGACAGCUAGCGCCCUGGACCGCUCUGCUAUCAGCAUGUGGAUUCGGGAUGGGAAUGGCAACAUCCAGACGGUCAUGGACUAGGUGCCCUUGUCGGACCAGUCCGCGAGCGUCGAUGUUCACGCCUCCGAUUUGCUUCCCCCUGGCCAUACUCUAUCCAUAGCGUUCACUCGCACGGCGAAUGGCGACGACGUUGAUGCGCAAAUCCGUAUUCCUCUCAUCACUAUUGCCAAAGUUCUCCAGAAGGGUUGCGAGAACCAACUGGUGGCGGAUAUCAAAGACGCUCGGAAGCCCAGAAAGUCA